GAUCAGUUUGAGAAUCUGGAGAAACACACCAGCUGGGGAAUCGACUUUCUGGAGAGAUACACAAAGUUUGCUAAAGAACGAGCCGACAUUGAGCUGAGCUACGCCAAACAGAUCAGGAGCUUGUCUAAAAAGUACCACCCUAAAAGAGGCAGAGAAGAAGAGAGUAGGUACACCUGGUGUUUGGCAUUUGCAACGACUCUGCAGCAGUUGAAUGAACURGCAGCUCAAAAGGAAGAUCUAGCUGAAAACCUGAGCUCACAAAUCGUCUGUGAGCUGACGCGAUACACUCAGGAGUUGAAGGCUGAGCGGAAGACUCAUUUCCAAGAUGGCCGCCGUGCUCAGCAACACAUAGAGAACUCCUGGAAACAGCUGGAAUCAAGUAAACGACGGUUUGAGCGYGACUGUAAGGAGGCAGAGCGAGCACAGCACAUCUCAGACAGGAUCGAUGUGGACAAGAUGGAUGGAGAAAAGCGGUGCUCACUGAAGGCUCGUCAAACAGCACAGCAGAAACAACAAGCUGCUGAGGAUUCCAGGAAAGAAUAUGYGGCCAGUUUAAACCAGUUUAACCAAGACCAACACCAGCACUACCACACACUGGUACCAGUGAUCUACCAGCGUAUUCAAGACAUGGAGGAGAGGCGAAUUGAGAGAAUCUGUGAAGCAAUGCAUUUGUCAGCAGAGGCAGAAAGAAAAGUUCUUCCUUUAGUGAGUCGCUGUCUGGAUGCAAUGAUAGAUGCUGCUGAAAGCAUCCAACCAAGAAAGGACACUCAUCAUGUAGUGGAGGUGUACAAAUCUGGCUUUGAUCCUCCAGGUGAUAUUGAAUUUCAAGACUACAGUGCCACCAUGAGGCGCAGCAUCUCUGAAUCCAGCUAUCUGGACAAUCGAGCUGAGGGGCGGAGACACAGCAGGAAGCUGUGGCCUUUCUUACGUAAAACCAAGCUGCUGACCCUCCUAUCCUCCCCCCGGCAGCCUCCACCUCCACCCCCAACCUCACCUUCACCUGGGAACAUAGACAGCAGUCCCCAGUCCCCACCCCCAUCUUCCAGAGAGCCAAUUACACAGCGACUCAGUGACCUCAUGAGCUCUGGUUCCAGAACCCGGAAGCAGUGUCUGCGAAACCUGAAGCGAGGGCUGUCAUUGAAACUGGGCUCCAGUCCAGCAGACUGCAGCCACCUUCCUCCUGAGCAGCGACGCAAAAAACUUCAAAGUCGAAUCAACAACAUCAACCAGGACAUACAAAGAGAGAGAGAGCAGAG